AUGCCGAAAUUUACUUAUUCAACGAACAAAAAUUAUAAUCAACAUUCAUCAUCACGUUAUUCGAAUGAAUCAUCAUAUUAUUUUAUUCAUCGUGAAACUUCAAUUGAUAUUCUUAAUGAAUUAAUUAAUUAUGCUAUAGUAACAACACAUUAUACAUUAGAUACAGAAGAUCAAUUACAAUCUCGACGUAAACUAUCAAAAGGUACACGGAUCCAAAUCCAAUUUGUAUGUGAAAAUCAUCCGUCGAUCAUUAUACUCAUUGAAACAUUAUAUUUACCUGAUGAAAGUUCACCCAUAUUUGAGAAAAUUAAAAAACUUUGUCGAACCAUUUUCUCCAACAAACAUCGUAUAUUUGCAUGGGGCGAUGUUGAACAACAAUUAUCAAAAUUUUACCAAUAUAAUUUAUUUAAUGAAGAUGAUAUUUAA